UCAGCAGCUCAGGUUUAUUUCCUACAGACAUUUUAAUAAUUUUGGAAUGAAGUUAGCCAGAAGCAGCAAAGCUUUGAGCUGCUUACCUGUGUGAAGGGAAGACAUCUGUCUGUGUGAAGGACAGGCAUGGCUUUUGAAGAAAAAGAUUUGGUAACCCAAGAUCUGCUGAAAAGAUGCACUUAGAUGUCUUAUUAUGGACAAACUUAAAAGCGUUCAGUUUUCCUCAUCCAGUUAUCAGAUCCUGGAGCAGUAGACACUUUUGCAGGGCCAUGUGUUGUCUCACCUUCUGAUGUGAGAGGACCGUAAGAGAAUGAAAAGGCAAAGCAGGGGUUGCCAAGUGCCUGAAUAGUAACAAAUUUACUGAUUUUUCCAACUUACUGAUUUGUUCAGUUGUGGUUCCACAGUCUGGAGUUGUGGAAGAAAGACUGGCUGCUGCCCCUGGAUAUAAAAGGUUAAACAGAAAACUUGAAAUUUCAGUCUGUUUUCUUGUGAGUUUAUGGGUUUCUGUUACUUAUCUGUGGAAAAAACAUAGCAGUUCACUUGCAAUUAUUGGGGUAUUAAUUGUUGCAUUGCUGUUUGCCUCACUAUCCACAGAAAAUUUGAUCUUUUUUCUUUCUUGCUCAGCUGUCAUUGCGCUGCAGAGUUAAAUUUCCAAUUCAUUAUUGUCCCACUUUCUGGGACAGGAAACAUUAUAGUUAACCAUUAUUCACUACUCUACUGAAGUAAUUUUGCAGUCACAUCCCACAGAUAGCUGCAGCCCAUCGUGGCCUUAUGAGCUGCUGUUGACUUUCAGAUGUGGGAAUUAAUGUCGUUUCUAUACAUGUUUCAAUCAGACUGUGCAGUGGAAUGAAAAAUGUACUGUCCUUUCUGAGUCCAAACUGCAACUUGAUCCCUGUGAGGUACCUUUACCAUUAAACUGAGUUAAAAUGGGUCACAGCAAAGAGCGCUGUCCUGUUCCUGUGGCACACCCUCUUCUCUUCCAAUUCCUAUUCUAGUCUACCUCCUGUGAGGAUGAGUUACCAUCAGUAAUAGGAGGAAAAAUAAAGCAGGAUCUUGUAGAACAAUAAGUAAUACAUCACUUUAGCUUCUACAAGGUGGCUGCAGUGGCAGUUUAUUCAUCCUAUUGGUGGAAAAGAAAAAUGUUUUGAUGGUUUUCAAAUGCAAUGUUCAUUUCAAAUACUUAUUCGAAGUUAUCCAAACGAAUUCAUUGGAUUGUGCAAAUGAAAGCAAGCAAAUCUUAAGCAUAACAUUUGGCAGCUUUUUGCUGUAGCUCUUAUUUGUGCUUAUUUCAGUAUCUGUGCCAAAUUUUGAAUGCUAAGAAAAACAUUUUAGUGCGCUCAGUUUUCAGUAUAUCUUGGGCUGAAUUACACUUUCAAUGCUGCUUUUCUGUGUUGGCUUUUUUUUUUCUUUUUUUUUUUUUUUUUUUUCACUUUAGGCCACAAUCUCAACCACAUGUUUUAUGUGUGUUUUUCACUUGAGAGGCAAGUUGAAAAUGUUACUUCCUUUUUGCUCUUUUCUGUUACACAGUUACAAAGACAUGUUUAAAAGGAAGUGAUAAUUAGGAAUGGGGAGAGGACUUAAAUGGAGGAAACCCACAGUUUUCCCAAAUCUCUGUAUUUGGAGUACUUUAAUAACCACAAGACUAAAACACAUGUUCCUCCACCUGCUUGUGAAAAGUCAUUGAAGCUUUAGCUAGCAAAUUCAUCAUUGUAUGAAGAUCAGCACAUGCGGGCGUGCUUUUGGCAUUCUGGAAAGAAAAAACAAACAGCCAUUGGAUUUAUGGGAUUGCUCAUUUCAUGAGCUUGGGCGUAGUGGUGAGAAACCUUUUUGGACCUUUGGGAGUUGCUGAAUCCCUCAAACAUUGGCACUGCAGUUGCAAUAUCUAUCAUCACUGCCUGGAAAAAACGAACUGGUGCAAUCAAGGCACUGCAUAGAAGAGCAUGGAGAAAUUCAGAAGUAUUUUUAUUUUGUGCCUUGGCUUCCUUCUAGUCCUUGUAAGAGGUCAAGAUGAUUUUGAUUUAGCUGAUGCCCUUGAUCACCCUGAUGACAUAAUUACCAGGAAACCUACAGUGAUCAGAAGACCAACAAGACCUGUGUUCAACAAUGAUCUGCAUUUGGGAGAUGCUUUUGGUGGGGGUGACAUCUCAAGAAAACCUUUAUACCCACCUCUUCCACCACGCCCAGGAAGUUAUGGUAAUUCUGGAGGUUUUGAUGACUCAGAUCUCCUUGAUGGAAAGCCUUUACCACCAGGAGACGAGCAGCAUCAUUUCAAUCAUGGAGGGAACACAGAUUCGGGUUUAAUAGCUGGAGUUACAUCUCCUGUAAUUUCUGCUUUUGUGAUACUGGUUGUUGGAUCAAUAGCAGCUUACACCGCUUACAAGAAUAAGAAACUUUGUUUCAAACCACGUGGUGGGGCUGCAGUGUAAAGCACUGAAAGAAGAGUUGCUGUCUGACCACAGGCUCCUUUGGUUGGUGACAUUCUACACUGCCAUUCUGACAGAAGAAAAUCUUCCUCUAAUGAAUGUUUUACUGAGAUGUUGUAAUCCUGCUCUCUCUAACCUGAUGUCACUUUUCCACCUCGAACUUUAUGUCAUCAAAAAUAUGCUUAAGACAUCCAGGGAUUGUAUUGCACUCUCUGACCUGCAUUCAUAAAGGCUGAAUACAGAUUUUGACUCAGAAGUUAUCAUAAACAACAAAGAAAUCAAUGUGAUAUAAGCUAAAGGUUGAAGGAUUCAUGUUUGUGAGGAUUUGAGUCGCCAAAUAAUUUUUUUUUUCUAUUUUCAAAAUUAAAAAACUCAGUCCUUCUGAUAGAAUAGGAAUAAGGAGUAUGCCAUUUCCUUUCACACCUGUUGGGUUUCUCCAGUAUAUUCCUGUAAUGUUUACUGUGUUUAAAGAAAAUUUGUAGUUGUCUAAAGGAUUAAAAAUUUGAAUGACUUUACUUUGUGUUUGUGUCUGAAUUUUAGCAAAGUGAAAGGAACUGUAGCUAGAAAAUUCAUUCUUAAUUUUAUAAUACACUGAAAAGAUUAUGUAUAUUGACAAACCACUGUUUAAAAUAAAACAGAGAGGAAUACAUUCUAAUUUUAUUUAUUUAUUUAUUUUAUUGAUUAAUUACUAAACUGGUAUUUAGCUCUUCUCAGGAACCAGAAUUUUACAUGAGUCUCAUUUCUGCUCUUGAAAACUUAGGCCUGACUUUAGGAACCUUUGAAGACAUUAAUCUAGAAAGAUGGGUUUUCUAAAAAAAACCCCCACAUUAUUCAUAACUUCUGAAAAGGGAAAAUGGGUACAAAGAUUUUUCUGAUUCAUUUAGAAUGAGUUUGUGAUGCUUUAAUCUCUAAAAUCUAAGUCACAAAGACUUUUCAACUUCAUACUAUGUGGAGGUAUGGUUGAUAUAGGUUUUCUAGCUAGACUGUUUCACUUUCCCUCAUUCCUGAUGGACCUUGCAGUGCUAACAAUGUCCUCAUGUAGACAAACCUGUAAUGAAAAUUGACACUUUUCCUGUCUCUUCCUUCAUUUAGCUAACUGGAUCAAAAAAACAGCAAGUGAAUGAAAUAGAGAUGAAAGCUGGCAAAACUAGCAGUUUACUGACAUAAUUCUGCAAUAGAGGCAUUUUAACUAACUUUUUAAAGCAUAAGUAAAUUGGUAUGGUUUUAUCUUCAUUUUAUAUGCAAAGCAUCAUUUUUGUUACUGCAAUUCCACUUAUAUGGAGAUGAAUAUGAUUUUGUGUUUAUUACAUCAUUGAGAGGAAGACAUAUAUUAAAAAUUAAUUUUUCAUAUAAUAAAAUAUUAAUUAUCUGAAUAAUAUUUUAAAUUUAUAUAUAUCAGUUGCUUGCUUAGACUACCACUUUUUUUUUUUUUGAUCCUGAAAGAAAUGAUAAUGUACAUCAGUUUAAACAUAGAAACAUCUUGACAACAUACAAACAAAUGAACACCUUUGUGGCUAUCACUUUCAACUUAAAAAUGAGAAAAUAUUUUUAAUAUGGUUUUCAAGGACAUUUAAUAUUUCUUUUAAAAUAUUAAUUUUCCAUGUUCACAGUUAAAACAGAUUGAUGUAUAUUUUGUCGGACAGACAUAAAGAUUUGAUUAAUGAAAUGACAAGUGUUUUGGUGUUACAACUUCAGUUGUUUGUUCAACCAUGAAAAUAUAUAUUUUGCU